CCAGGCUUUUAAAACAUUCUUAGGGCUUUUGGACCUUGGUACUGUGCUUUGGGUUUCAGGAAAAUUAUCGUACCAUCGGUGUUAGAAAUAAUUAAUAAGCAGUCUAAAGUUGCAGUGUCAAAUGCAUCGCAUUAUUUUAUUUUGUCUAUACUAUAGUAUCCUUAAAUUUGUGGAGAUAUUACAAUAAAUUGACGUUGAGUAAUUAUUAUAUCAUACAAAUUCAUGAGUCUGAUUGUGGCAAUCAGCAGAUGACACCUUCGACCAAAGUCCAGUAGGAAAGAUUUCGUAACUGAAUAACACCGACGUUUCUAUAAAAACAUGAUGAUAUCUCGAUUAUGCAAGUGGAGACAAGAAAGUCUUUUAACGAAGAAACGAGGCUAAACUUUAUCCCAAAUGUAAAAGGAUCAAGGAAAAAAACAUGUCUCCUUGACUGUGAUCUUUGCUCGUAUUUUUUUAACUAUGCAUAAAUAAAAAUUGCAGAUAUAUGUAACAGGUCUCAGAAUCUUUCCGAUGGAAACCAGUUUUCGUAACUCGAACAUUUUCACCAAAUUGUCCACAUCUUCACAGAACCAACAUAAGAUCGCGCAAGAAUAUUAAAAUCUAAAAUUAAAAUUUCGAUAAAAACUUUCUCCGAAUUCCUCGUUUAUCCCGAUAAUUUUAAUGGCGAAGCUAUUACAUAGUCCCUGAUCGUGUUACGAGUUCGAUAGCCUUGAAAGUUUCCCGUUUCUGGGUCACGUUUGAUUAGUAUGGCACAAUUACUACGAACAACGAGAUCACGGAACGUUCUCUAGUUUCUAUAGACCGGUCUAUGAGCAUGACUAUAAUUCUCUCCGGAUUUAUAGAUGCGGGAGAUUCGGAGGAGAGAACACAAUGAACCGAAAACGUGUAUAGGAGAACCUAGUUUAACGUUAGAACAGAGACUGUCACUUGCCGAUCGAGCUAUCGUGAACCGCUAGGCGGAGAAAGUAUAUUAACAUCCGUAUGUUACGCAACACACGCUGUAUUACGAUCGUUGAAUUUUCACGUAACGUGUAUGGUGAUUGGUAGCAACCUUGGAACCGAUGACAUUGAGUAUAGGUUCAUUUUGGUAUUUUAUAUUCCUAAAUAAAUUCGUACAUCUUUAUAUAUUUAUAUCCCUGAAUUUAUAUAUCAAAAUCUCAUUUACAUCUCUAAGUUUAUAUAUCUCCAGCUAAUAUUCCUUUUUGGUACUUUAUUAAUAUCACAUAGAAACAAAGUGAUUCUGUAAUGCAGAAGUUAGGUGCUUCGUUAUUCGCAAUAAAAAUAUUCCAAGUCAUUUAUAAUGGCUGCCUGAAAGGAAGCGAGACUGGAGUAUAAUUACGGUAUUAUCUCAGGAAGCUCGAGUCGCUUUAGUACGAAUGCGACGUUUUAAUUCGUCCAGUUAACAUUUCUACGAAGAACUGUUCUUCGUUAUUCCGCUUAAAGCGACUAUUCAAUUACACGGAAUAAGAUUUUUCGUGUAAAAUGUUCGAACUUAAGUUUCCGUUUAACUUAAAAAUAUGUGACGGAAAAUAUUUAUGAACGUCAUGCAGCAUCGAACGCGAAAUUCUUGCCAUUCUUUUUUACCAAAUGCUUGUGCGUCAGUGGAAGAUUACGAGUGAUCAAACGAAUAUCAGAAACUGAAAUUUUCCGACGUUCCGCUUUCAACGAAGACAAAAGUGAACGACGCGGAAAUCGUUUCUCCAUGAAAUAUUUGCUAGUUUCGCGCAUUCUCGCAAAACGCGUGUAAGCGCUAAUUGGCAAAAAUCGAUGACACUAGAUGGAUUCCGUUACGCUUGAAAUGCGAUGCCGGAAAUAACGAGCAGAAACAAUUUCGCUCGAUUCUUUCCUAUAACCGUGGGCAAACGUUUAUUCCUCGAAACGAUUUUCAUAAUAAUAAUUUGAACUUUCUUUCAAUUUUCUUGGUGUUCACUUUGCAAUUAUUAUUUUUAUACAUUAUUUUCGUUCUACAAAACUAUUUUAACAGAUAAAGCUUCUAUGUACAAUUAUUAUUCUUAAUUAUUACUAACUCUGAAACAUAGAGUCACCGAAAAAGCUGAUAAUCGAAAUUUAUUUUUGAGGUAUUGCUGACACAUUCGAUGCGAGGUAUAGCAACUCGAUCGAGUUCUCGGGUCAUUUCACGUCUAAGUCAUCUAGAGCACGGACCAUUGGCAGCGACAACUUUUUCAACGACGUAUCAGGGUUGUCCACGGUCCAUCGAAUGGAAAAGAUUCACCGAAGAAACGUGCUCCCGAACAUAUUUUAGGAACCAUGGAUAUAGAAUGCGAGAUUCCUUCGAAGGAACGUCUACCAAUAGUGGAAGGCCAGUGCUGCGUGAACCUGAGCACGAUUUCUGGGGAAGUUCAUCGACAAACGAACGGAAAAUCGAUUGUGGAUUCGGAACUCCGUAGGAACAGGAGUUCUCGCAAACGUGGCAACUGUUCCAACGAGCUGUUGUACGCGUUGUCGAUUAUGUGCCUGGCUACCUUUGUGGUGUACUUAAUUAUUACGUCGGGUUAUUCAUGUCAAAGUGUUCAAAACGAGUCGAACAAGGAAAUCGAUCAGAAAGAAGAAUUGGCGUUCGACGUAUCGGUACCAGAGGAACAAACAACAAAAUCAAUUGAUCUUGAUUUGCGCGAGUAUUACUAUAAGCAUCAGCUACCCGAUAUGAUUCCAGAGUUACGCGCGAUCUUGUUGAACAUAGAUCAAAACCGUUUGAAACGUAACACCGGCUCGUAUCCCUGUAACCAGAACACGGAACACUGUAAGACCGUUAUCGAUUCGAUGUUGAGCAUCGUUAAUAUCGUGAACAACAGUAUACCGCAUCUUCAGCCUUUUCUGGCGAACUUCACCUCGAAAUCAAAUUCAACCAAGUCCCAGUUUAUAGAAUUGGUCGAGUGCUUGCAGUGCAAGAGCGGCUCUCAAGAUAUUGCUGACCAGACGACCCAAGAAAAUAUCGACAAUGGGUUCGAACAUUUUGAUCACGCUCAGAUCAAGAACAACGUUGAGGUAGUCAACAAUUUGUUAGACGACGAGGAUCAGGAUGAUCAGAACAAACAUUCGAGCAGUAAUUCGGUGAUGUUCACCGCUUACGAGGAACAGAGUGCGAAAAAGUCGACGGUAUCGAUUCUUGACAAGUCGGAAGAAUAUUCCGGUGAAACAACCGAGGAGGCACGGACGACGUCGACGAUCGAAACCACGGGAUAUGGAUCAAUGUCAAAGGAAACGGAAGUGUAUGCCGCGGCGACGAGUACGUCAACGAGUAUUUCUGCAUCGAGUGCAUCAACGACCAAAGCGGAUGAAGCAACAACCCAGACGGAGAGAAUCGAUGAUACGAUGUGGUCUACGAUUAUCGCGAACGCUAUGGCCAAGCUAGACGGAGACAACGCGACGGAAACUACGAAUGACACGGUGCAUCCUUCGGACCAAGGUCAUGGCAAAUGGAGCGCUGCGGAAAGGGAAGGUGAAAACGCUUCGAAGAGUUCCAGAAAAUCAAACGCGAGCGCCACUAAGGAGAGGAUCGUCUUCAACGAUCAGUUUCAAAACAAGCCCACUAUGGACUCGGCUCCAGGCAUGAUCCCCACUGCAGAAACCAUGAAAUCGACGCAACAACUGCAACUGACCCCAACGAUGUCCUGGAUGCCCUAUCAAGUCUGUUUCUAUGGGCCAUCAAUGGGUGCCACGAAACAGUCGGCUCCAAGUCAAAGCAUGUACCCAGCAUCCUCGCCAGGAGCGGCUUAUCCGAUACCCAUGUCACAGCAACGACCGAACAACCAAAACCCCAUGAAUCAACCCGCUAACUACUUCCAAGUACAGGCACAAUCCGUCCAGUUCUUACCUAUGCAGCCGUUUCCAGGUAAUUUUGGUGCUCAAAGACCUGGACCCACUGGUCCUGGGCCCCAGAGCUUUCCCAUGUUCCCUGGACAUCAGAUUCCUAGCGGCGGUGCGAACCCAUCUGCAAAGUCGUCUUAUUAUUGCACUUAUAUUCCCGCUCCAACUUUUCAAUUCCCGACCAUUCCUGGAGUAUCGGACUAUCAGAGGUCUUCGGAUAAAGAAGAUGGCUCGAAAGAGAAGGGUAAGAAGUCUAAAGAAUAUCCAGAACCGUGUCCAUUUAGCAUGAUUCGGUGCGGAGAUGGAAAAAAAUGUAUACUGAGAUCACAGUGGUGCAAUGGUCAAGUGGAUUGCAUGGACGCCAGCGACGAAACCACGUGUUCCUGCAGGGACCGAAUAUCCCAGGAGCGUCUUUGCGAUGGUUACUUUGAUUGUCCUCAUGGAGAAGACGAAUUGGGUUGUCUGGGUUGUCCAAAAACCUCGUUCAGCUGCAACGACUGGAAUAAACGAUUCUCCCCCGACAACUGUCUUCCAUUAUCUCAACGUUGCGAUGGCAUAGAACAAUGUUCCAAUGGAAAAGACGAAGUAGACUGCAGCGUACUAACACCCUCUUACAUCGGUGGCAAAAAUGCGUUUAUGACUGGUUACACCAAAGGGUAUCUGCACAAGAAUUUCAAUGGUCAAUGGUAUCCCGUGUGCACGGCAGUCGACUCCUGGGCCAAGGAUGCCUGUAUCGCUGAGAUUGGAAUCGAGAUAGACGAGGUGCCCACAAUCCAAAUCCACUCGAUGUCAGAUGACGUUUACCAGGGGCCUUUUCUGACGGAAGUCGACGGUCAACCAAAGCUGAUUCCCUCUUGCAUGAACACGGCGGUCUACGUAGAAUGUCCUCCCUUUGCUUGUGGUACGCCGGUAGCACAAAAUUCUCUGCAGUCAACUUCCGAAGAAACGGACCAGAGCUCGCGAUUGCUCAGUGGAAUGCUGCGACCAUGGUCCGAAAACGAGAUCGAUUGGCGAACCAACAAUGACAGGAACAGUAGCAAAGAGGAUGACAUCGUUGGAUCGCAGUUGCGGGUCGUUGGUGGACGCGCCAGUCAACCAACUGCUUGGCCAUUCUUAGUGGCUAUUUACAAAGAUGGCCGAUUUCAUUGCGGUGGUAUCAUCUUGAAUGACUUGUGGAUUCUUACGGCUGCUCAUUGCGUCGAUGGGUACAAGGGUCAUUACUACGAGAUCCAAGCAGGAAUGCUCCGACGAUUUUCUUUCUCCCCGAUGUCGCAAUUCAGAAAAGCGAGAUACGCGAUUGCGCAUCCUAGCUACAGCGGCAGAGACAUGACUAAUGACAUAGGGAUGAUCAUGCUGGACGAUUCUCUACGUUUCAAUCGAUGGGUGAGACCUGUCUGUCUACCGGAAAGAGACAUCUUGGGCUCCAUGUGGCGAGUCGAACCGGAACCAGGCUCCACCUGCCUGGCUAUAGGAUGGGGUGCUACCAGCGAACGUGGUCCAGAUCCUGAUCACUUGAGAGAAGUCGAGGUGCCCAUAUUGAAACAUUGCAAGUACGAGACUGAUCAAAUCGCGGGUACCAUUUGUGCCGGAUAUCCUCAAGGAGGUCGUGACGCGUGCCAAGGGGACAGUGGGGGUCCUCUGAUGUGCAGGUCAAAAUUAAAUCCAUAUUCACAGUCGCAGUGGUACGUGGCAGGCAUAGUUAGUCAUGGAGAAGGCUGCGGUCGUCCGAAUGAACCUGGUGCCUACACGAAAGUCAGCUACUUUCUCAGCUGGAUCAAAGAAGUUUCCAACAGCUCUUGGAUACCUCCUCUGAGACGAACUCCACUGACAGAGUGUCCAGGAUUUAGCUGUAAAGGUGGAUUAGGUACAUGUUUGCCUGCCGCAGCUCGUUGCAACCGGAUAAUCGAUUGCUUGGACGGGGAAGACGAACUUAAUUGUCACCUCGACUGGAAUCGUUCCUUCUCCCGAAAGGUUGACGAUAUCGAUUCUGAUACCACUUCGUCACCGGUAGACAGUUCUACGUCUCAGCAAAUUUUGAACGAUACCGAGGUGUUCGAGGCGACUGAUCGAACGUUGAUUACGGAGGAACAAAACAACGAAGUUAUUUUUGAUAACACUUAUAAAUCCACAACGUACAGUUCCAUUGAAUCGGAACCCAGUACUGUGGAAAUUGAUUCUGCGAUAGAUGUUCCGACAACGUUCACGUGUGGAAGGUUGCUUCAGAGUAUUCCCAUUAAUAAAAGAUGCAACAGAGAAGCGGAUUGCGAAGACAGCACCGAUGAAAUGAAUUGCACUUGCAAAGACUAUUUGUCAAACUUGAAACCAACCGCAAUUUGCGACGGAUACUUGGACUGCGACGAUAAAACUGACGAACAAGACUGCGAAAUCUGUUCCAAGGAUCAAUUUUUCUGCAAAAACAGUCGCGUCUGCAUUUCGUCCUUCCAGAAAUGCGACGGGCAUUUCGAUUGUAAAUUUAAGGAGGACGAAUUGGACUGCUUUACAUUGACCGAUGGCCACCAUGUGUACCUGGACGCGGACGAGCGGCCGUUUUUAAACACGCACGGUGUACUAACUCGAAAUGUCGAUGGUAAAUGGCAAACGACGUGUCACAAACCAAAAAUGCUUAAAAAUCAAUGGUCCCCCACGCUCAUUGGGCAAAACAUGUGCGAAUAUUUCGGAUUCCAGGGCAUGAAAUCUUCCUUUUCGAUUACCGUAAAGAAUGUAGAGAUGGAAACAAUAAAAUGGGACAAGGAGAACGCGACACAACAAAACAUUCCAAUCCCCGUCUCUCGGGAAGAAGAGGAUAAAACCUGUCCUGGACUUAACAUUCGCUGCACACCGGUUUUCAGCAGUAGUAUAAGCACGUACUUGACUAUAGAUUCCAGUACUGGAAACCACGUUCACCUGUGGCCGUGGCUCGCCGCCAUCUUUGUGGACGGAGAAUAUCGUUGCUCGGCGUUGCUGUUAGACCAUCACUGGCUGCUCUCCGCUUCGAAAUGCGUCGAAAAUGUCAGACUGGAUCAAAAUUAUGCUACAGCUGUGCUCGGUUAUGGUCCAUUGUUCCGACACGUGGAUGGUCCUCAUCAAACGGUGUCGACAAUCGAUGAAGUGCAACACGUGAAUAAUUCGGAGUCUGUUCUGUUACACUUGAAACAUCGAGUGGACGUCAGUCGUCACGUGCAACCUCUGUUUCUCAAUAAAACGAUAUAUUUGCCAGGAGUGAACGACACUUGUGUGGCUGUUGGAACAAAUGAGAAGUACGAAACGCAGUCGAUCUUCUUGAAAACUGUUUUGCAAAAUUGCAAAACUUGCCAUCGAUGCUUCGUAAAUUCUUUAAUCUCCGAAUGCUCGGAAAAUGAAACAUCGAAUUGGAGUGGAGUAGUAUUUUGUCAGGGUAGAAAAGGAUGGUAUCCUGCAGCCACGUUCCAGGACCACGAGGGUCCUUGCAGUUUCCGAGAGCCUCAAACUUUAACAGGCAUCGAUCACAUAAGUCCUUACUUAGUGGAAGCAAUAGAUGGUAAAAGACAAUCGAUCGAGGCAACUUGCGAAGGUUUUCGAUGCAGCAUUGGUCAGUGCAUUCCUAAAGAUCGAGUUUGUGACGGUGUACCUGACUGUCGAGAUUCCUCAGACGAGAAUCCAAAAUAUUGCGAAGAGCUUCGAGACAAUUGCGAGAAUAGAGUAGAUGGUUGCAAUUGCGCGAAAUCAGAAUUACGAUGCGGAAACGGAAGAUGCGUCGACAAAAGUGCAUUCUGCAACGGAGUAAUCGAUUGCAGCGACGGAUCCGACGAACCCACGAUAUGCACCUGUGCACACUACCUGAGAUUAACAAACCCAGGGAGACUAUGCGACGGUGUACGCCACUGUUACGAUAAAACUGACGAGUCUCCAGAACUUUGUCCUUGUGGAGGCGACAAACUUAAAUGUAGAACGAACAUUGGCAACGAUACUUGCAUCCCUCAGGACUUUAUUUGCGACGGGGAGAAAGAUUGCAUAGAUGGCGAAGACGAAGCAAAGUGUAGAAUGCUGAAACAGUUCUCGGACGAUAGCAAUGGAUCCGGAGAAGUAAUUCGACAAAGUUACGGUGUGUGGCAUACCGAAUGUUUCCCAAAUCCUAUUUCGUCGGAGGAGGCAUCAAAUUUGUGCGAAGAGAUGGGAUAUUCGUCAGGAGACAUUAGCAACGAAACGAUAACCACCGAAGAACUGAUGAUACCGAAGCGAGACGAAUUUUACCUAGUCAGACUGAACUAUUUUUCCUGGAUGACGUUAAGAAACGACAAACCAUUGAUCACGCUAGUAAAAUCCAACGAUACUUGUCAUCGUGCUUUCGUCGACUGCAUUUGAACCACGAAUCAAAUUAUAAUUUAUAACCUUCAUAAUUUAUUUCGUAUUUAUUAUAAAAUAACUUUGUAAUUUCUAUUUUUCAAUAAAAAUCGUGCAUUGAAAAGU